AUGGCAUCGCACCAGACAGCAGCUAUCCCUAUUAAUCGUCACCACAAGCGAUCCGUCGAUAGAGUUCUCCCACCAGCUCUCGAAGUCAGGCUAGCUCGCCUCUCUAUCGACGAGGGCGAAUCCAAGAGCGCCCAUAUCGUCCCUGCCCCACCUUCCUUGCCUCUCCGCAUGGGCAUGCCUGACUUUGAGCGGGUAUACAACCAGUCCGACAGCCAAGACAGCUUCAGUAGCAGCGUCAGCAGUGCCAACAGUACCAACAGCAACGGUGUCGAGUUCAUCGUCGAAGGAACCCCAAGUUCUUACACCAACAAGAGUAGGCUGGGCAAGCUUGGGUCCGACAAGGGAACCACGGGACUUCAUCGUCGUCUCGAUAACCACCACCACCAUCGUCAUCGUCAUCAUCACAACCAUCAACAUCAACAACGUCGGAGCAGGUCUAUGCUCAACCCCCAAUCACCUUCAGCACUCCUCCAGAUCGACCAGCAGCACCAGCAGCAUUACCAUCAACCCAACAUCGGUGUGAAGUACAAUCGGAGGAGCCGAUCGGGAUCGCAACUCCUGGGUGAAUUUGGGGGCACCAACAGGACAAACAACAAUGGAGGUGGCUCGCCCUUUCGGGUGCCCUUGUUUCCAAAAAAGACAAGUGGUGGUGAUGUUUAUCCAACUAGCCCCAUGAUAAUGACGACCGAGUUUGGGGAGGAUUUGUUUCAUUGGAACACUCUGGAACUCGACAAUGGCUUUGCUGACAGUCCAACAACAGCAACAGCAAUUAUGGAGAAAACGGGUACAGUAGCCUCACUCACCAGCUACAGACCACAUCCGCACCGACAGGCAGGAAUCUACAAGUGCGACGGUAGGAUGAACGAGUUCGAUACCAGUCUGCAAGCGUGCCCAUCGACAUAUCACACCCCGCCAACACUGCACUCUUCUUCGAGGAAAGGGCCUCUCUCGGCUAAUUCCUCUCGAGCCUCAUCUCGUUCCCGAUCCCCUCUUCAGGAACUCUCCGAGAACGCUGUGGGGAUGCGAGAUCGGCUAUUCGAGUUCUCUCAAACCAAGGCACAACAAGGUCUGCGUAUCGAUACAUUGGAUAACAGCGGAGAGCAUUUAGAUGUUCCCGAGAUGGAUAAGGAUCGAUUACCUCCUGCGUCACCCAUGUCUAUCGGGGCGAUGUCGAACGAACAAGAUCGUUGGAAGUCACCAACACUUUCUGCGCUCGCCUCUCCAUCAUUUUCCCGGGGUCCUUCACCUCGUCCCUUGUCUCCCUCUCCUCGCUCACAGCGAUCGGCCAUGGUGAUGGCUAUGCAUGCAGGUCGCGGCACUACGGACAAAGAAGACCUUUAUCUUUCCGAAUCGGCGGCAGCGGAGGAUGAUAUUAAUAUAGAGAUCCCGUUGAUCGAGACUCGAGAUGAGGUUCCGUUGCAGGAUAUCUGGAGGAUGGAGGAUGAGGAGCGCAAGGACCGAUUGAAUGGCGCUGAGGCUACUACCGAUGUUUCGUCGAUUGAAGAGCACAUUGCGCGCAUGAAAGGGGAGCAGCACGCCCAUGAGGAGGCGCGACUGAUCCAAGAGGCUAUUGAUGCGCAUUCUCAGGCGCUGUAG